UAAGGGAAAUUGUGUUCUUGAAUUGAAGGAAAGUUUGGAAAACAUCAAAGAGGCUAUAUUAUUAAUUGCGGAAAAGAAGGAAGAAGAUAAUACAUCAGAGGAGGCUUCAUCAUCAGCAGCAGAAGUGCCAAUACAACAACAAAAUUAUCAUGGACGGGGAAACUAUCAACAAUAUCGAGGUGGUGGAGGAAGAGGAAAUUAUCGUGGACAACGUGGAGUACGCUUCUAUGAACCAUAUUUUAAACAACAGGACCGCUACCGACAUGCUGGAUCCCAUUAUUGA